UUUUAUGUCAUCGCCAUAAACAUCAUUUCAGCUUCCCGGAUAUACAGAUGUCAUUAUAAAACAGUACCUCCUUUAACUCACAUCAUUCCACAACAUAUAUAUAUAGUAAUAUAUUAACGCAAUUUCAACAGAUAUGGCAACAGAUAUUUAUCAAAACCGCCUAAACCACAUGCGUCCCAUGGAUUACGGCCAAGAGCAGGGCCUACAGCAAAUUCUACAGCCCUCAGCAGUUCAAGGUGACGACCAGGCACAGCAAGUUGUUGUGCCACGAAAGACGAUCUACACCCGAGCAGAGUUGCUAUGCCGGGACCCAACCACAACCCAAAACAACACUCUACAGCCAGCUGAACCGCAGACCCCAUUAUCACCUAACCAAGGAUACGCCAUGUCAAUGCCAAAAAUGCCGCCAAGGAAACGCACUUAUAUGGAUCUGUUGGCCCAGCUACCACAGACAGGUAAAAAGAUGCCAAACUGUAAUCUCACCCGCCGAAUGGGAACGGUAAUAGAUCUUAAGGAACAGAUCAAGAUGUCGCCAAGUUGCCUUCUACAGCGCCAGGAGCAGAUAGAACCUGAUAAUAAAGAACCGAGCAGGAACCUCACCCGUAUGCAAAUGGAAAUGGACCUCAAGAAGGAGGAGCCGUGUGAGAUAAAGAAGACGCCAAAUGACACUAACUUCUGUAUUCCCAAUCCAAAACCGAUCCUACCUAAAGGCAGUAGAAUACCUGUAUUGAGCAGGUCCCGUUACCGGGAUGAUAACCUUGACCAGACGAAACAAAAUCCUAUUCGAAUGCGUACGGAAAUUACAGAUCUUCGCAUCAUACGGCACAAAGACAGUAAAAUACCAGUAUUGGACAAGUCCUGGAUCCGCAAAUGUAUACUUAAGGAGCGUGAGGAGCAGAGUGUACGAGAUAAGAAUCGCUUCAAAGUUGGAAUCACAGAUACCCAGCCGCUUAAGCAAAAUCUAAAGCAGCAGCAAAACCAUGGAGGGGCUGCACAAAAAAAGGAUUUGAGGAAGGAGAUGCCUUGGCCUUCAUUUGUUUUACCAGAGCAGCGAACCAGGAUGACCACUGUAACCGAACAUGGAGACUUACAGGAGGAGGGUUUAGUCAAAUUAGAGAAGGCAACCUACCAUAUGGACAAAGGCAAAUCCGAUUAAUAGUGGUUUUAUUAAAUAUUUUGGUUAACCCGU